GUGUGUGUGUGUAUGUGACUGUGUGAGGGGGAUAAACAUGGUGAUGAAGAGUGAGUGUAAGAAGGAGCGAGAGGGGGAGGAGCAGAGGGAUGAUUCCUCACUAAUCCUCUAGACACACGCUCGGUCUGGCUGCCUUCUCUGAGAGGGACGCAGAGAGAGAGGGUAGACGAGGCAGGUGGAGGCAAACGGAGAGAAGCAAUGAGGGAAACAAAGAUGAAGGAAAAGAGAAGAAAGGAACAACGCCUGCCGUAAAGCACACAGACUCACACAGCGUGAGGUAGGAGACUGAGGAGGAGCGCCAUGCAUCGGUCCAGAUCCUCCUGAACUACAGCAGGAGAGUUGGGAGGAGCAACAGGGGGUCAGGGGGAUCUGUGGAAACAUCAGAAAGAGGAAACGGGAGAAAGGGAAUCCUGAAGAAAGAGAAAUGAAGAGGAAGGAGGAGAGAAGGUCGAGCAGAGAAUCAGCCCAGGUUCCUCUGGCUCACAUCAGCGCGUCUGAACCUGAGUUACUAUGAGAUGCUGUCAAAGAACGAGCGUGAAAGGGCGGAUUGUUAGUGCUCAGGUGAUGGACGUGUGUUUGCACAAACUAGCUGCUUCCUAAAACUCCCCAGCUUUAGACGAAAGCUUGGUCUCAUUCAGACCAGCUGUGUGUGAGAACAUAUGGCAGUCCAGCUGUUUAGGAGGUAAAGGAGACUCCAGAGGUGGGAAACCCGAAGGAGAGGAGGAGGACGGGCUGAGAAUACCGGAUCUCUGGACCGUAAGCGUGCAGAGAUCACGAGCCAGCCAUCUGAAAGUUGCAGAACGAAGUUGAGACACAACCUCAGAGAAGAUGGGAUCACUGUGAAGUGUCACUGAGCAUCUCCACCUGAAGACACUACCUCACUUCAACACAAGUGGACCUGAACACCUCAGCCUUCCAGAGGAGCCCAGAGGGAUUCUAGCUCCAGCCAUGGGAGAAUGGACCAUCCUGGAGCGCCUCCUGGAGGCUGCCGUGCAGCAGCACUCCACUAUGAUAGGAAGGAUCUUGUUGACGGUCGUGGUGAUCUUCCGAAUCCUUAUUGUGGCCAUCGUUGGAGAGACGGUGUACGAGGACGAGCAAACCAUGUUCAUAUGUAACACUCUACAGCCAGGCUGCAACCAGGCCUGCUACGACAAAGCCUUCCCAAUCUCUCACAUUCGCUACUGGGUGUUCCAGAUUAUACUGGUGUGCACGCCCAGUCUCUGCUUUAUCACCUACUCUGUCCAUCAGUCGGCCAAGCAGAGGGACCGGCGUUACUCUUUCCUUUAUCCCAUUAUGGAGAAGGACUAUGGAGGACGGGAUGGGGCUAGAAAGAUUCGGAACAUAAACGGAAUUCUAGUUCAGCACGGUGGGGAUGGGGUGAGUGGGAAGGAAGAGCCCGACUGCUUGGAAGUGAAGGAGAUCCCCAAUGCUCCUCGGGGCCUUACCCACGGGAAGAGUUCCAAGGUUCGACGGCAAGAAGGGAUUUCCCGCUUUUACAUCAUUCAGGUGGUGUUUCGAAAUGCUCUGGAGAUCGGAUUUUUGGCGGGCCAGUACUUCCUUUACGGCUUCAGCGUGCCUGGGAUUUUUGAGUGUGACCGCUACCCCUGUCUCAAGGAGGUGGAGUGCUACGUGUCUCGGCCCACAGAAAAAACAGUUUUCUUGGUGUUCAUGUUUGCAGUUAGUGGUAUCUGCGUGGUGCUCAACCUGGCUGAGCUCAACCACCUGGGCUGGCGCAAGAUCAAGGCCGCCAUCAGGGGUGUCCAGGCCCGCAGGAAGUCCAUCUGCGAGAUCAGGAAAAAGGACAUGGCACAUCUGUCCCAGCCGCCCAACUUGGGACGCACUCAGUCCAGUGAAUCAGCCUACGUUUGAUAAAGACUACAAGGAAAAAGGAGGAGUUGGAUGAAUCUCCAAGAAAGAGAAUGAAUAUUUAUGAUUUAUAUUUUGUAAGGGAAUGGGUCAGGUAAGUUGACCUUUCCUCUGUGAUGACAGGAUUCAACAGAAUGUAAAAGACAAACGGUCUGCAGCUUUGAAACUGAAGAGGAGACAAAGAGAGAACAUAACACAGAGAUCUGAUGAGGUGAUGUCCUGCCAUUUUAUAUGUCUUGUUUUUUUUGGGGUAAUUAAAAAAAACUAAUUACCUCCUCUCUCUGAGAUGAGAACCAUCAUGAGACAAGAUUGGGAAGAACUGGAGAGGAAGAGACAAUAAAGAAAAACGUUUUUUGUUCUCCAGGAAAAAGAACAGAGACGUUUGAUGCAUCCAAUGGUGCUUUUCUUCUGGACUUUGUCAACUCGUGUGUGUGUGUGUGUGUGUGUGUGUGUGUGUGUGUGU